AUGGAGAUUCCCCCCCCAGGACACACACAGACGCCUGGAGAACUGGGCCCAAGUGCUCAGCCAGCCAUCCACCACGGAGUUGUUCUCCUUGCCAUCCAGCACCGCCUGCCAAGCAACCACCACCACCACCUUCCUCCUGAUGCGGACUUGUAUCCUGAUCUCUCCACUGUCCGUGGGCCGUUACCCAGACAUGAACCGUUGGUGUGGGGGUUCAUGAUUGGCGCAGGCGGUCUGGCGCCGUCUGACAAUUUGAAAUCUUUUGACUUUCAUGACCAAGACGGUGCUGAUCGACAUGAGGAUCAUCCUACUACAAUCGCGAACCUGGGACGGGUACCUUUGCCUCGGUGCCGUGGGUUGUCCAUCUUGGAUAUGAUAGUCAUGUCCACUUUCAAUGACGGACCAUAUGGAGUAGUAAAGGCACCUGCUUAA